UCGAUUUGCGUAAGGGGCUUUGACCCAAACCUCAGCAUGAUGACAGGAAUCACUCCGAUUAACCCCUUGCUGUCAGGCAUGGGCCUCGUACCUCAGCCUCCCCCUACCGAAGUCCCUGUCAUCAAGGAGAUUAUUCACUGUAAAAGCUGCACUCUCUUCCCUCCAAACCCAAAUCUUCCACCCCCUUCAACCAGGGAAAGGCCGCCGGGAUGCAAAACCGUCUUCGUCGGAGGAUUACCCGAAAACGCGACAGAGGAAAUCAUCCAGGAAGUCUUCGAACAGUGCGGGGACAUCACCGCCAUUCGAAAAAGCAAGAAGAACUUUUGUCACAUCCGUUUUUCAGAGGAAUUCAUGGUUGACAAAGCCAUCUACCUUUCUGGGUACCGUAUGAGGCUGGGCUCCAGCACCGAUAAGAAGGACUCCGGCCGCCUCCACGUUGAUUUCGCUCAGGCCCGAGAUGACUUUUACGAAUGGGAGUGUAAGCAGAGGAUGUUGGCGAGGGAAGAACGACACCGUCGCAAAAUGGAAGAAGACCGGAUACGUCCCCCUUCGCCUCCCGUCAUAAUGCAUUAUUCGGAACACGAGGCCUCUUUGCUGGCGGAAAAACUGAAAGAUGACAGCAAGUUCUCCGAGGCUAUAGUAGUGUUACUCACCUGGAUCGAAAGAGGGGAGGUGAACCGGCGCACAUCUAACCAGUUCUACUCGAUGGUGCAAUCGGCCAACAGCCACGUCCGUCGGCUCAUGAACGAAAAAGCCACCCACGAACAAGAGAUGGACCAAGCCAAAGACAACUUUAAGAACGCUUUGAUGGGCAUCCUCACCCAAUUUGAGCAGAUUGUGGCCGUUUUCAACGCCUCCGCCCGGCAAAAAGCUUGGGACCAUUUCUCCAAAGCUCAACGGAAGAACCUAGAUAUUUGGCGCAAGCACUCCGAGGAACUCAGGAACGCCCAAAGCGAACAGCUGAUGGGGAUCAGGAGGGAAGAAGAGAUGGAUAUGUCGGAUGACGAUAGCGAUGAAAAUCCCAGCAACAAGAAGCUGCGGAUGGAGGAUUCAGCCUUAGCCAUUCAAGCUUAUGCCCUGAAGGAAGAGAACGACAGCCUCCGAUGGCAACUGGAUGCCUACCGGAACGAGGUGGAACUUCUCAAGCAAGAGAAGGGCCAGCUCUUCCGCACCGAGGAGAGCUUGACCAAAGACCAACAACUCCAGUUUUUGCAGCAAACGGUGCAAGGCAUGCAACAGCAACUGUUGAAAAUUCAAGAAGAAUUAAAUAACAAGAAGCUGGAACUGGAACAAGCAAAAGAAGAGCAUUCCCACACGCAGGCCAUGCUGAAGAUCCUGCAGGAACAGUUAAAAAAGAAUGCCAAGGAGUUGGAGACUAAUGGCCAUGACGAAUCUCAGGCAAAAGAAAUCAAUGGGUUGACAGCGCCAUUGGUCAACCAAGACAGAGAGAAAAACGCGGAGAAGAGAAGCCAGCCACUAAAAUCGGAGAAAGAAGCUUUGUUGAUAGGUAUCAUAUCAACAUUCCUUCACGUUCAUCCUUUCGGAGCGAAUAUUGAAUAUCUCUGGUCGUAUAUGCAGCAGCUGGACUCGCGGAUCUCAGCGAACGAAAUAGAAAUGCUUUUGAUGAGGCUUCCACGUAUGUUUAAGCAAGAGUUUUCCGGUGUCGGAGCCACGCUGGAAAAACGGUGGAAAUUUUGUGCCUUCGAAGGGAUUAAAACGACUUGA